CCUACAAGAGUAACCAAGAUGGCUGUCGAUUACCCAAACAUCUGGGGUUUCUCUGGCUCUUCAACCUAUCUAUUCAUUCAGUCACAACCAUCACAGCUUCGUCUCGUACACAAUGUGUUCAUAAGGACUUGGGUAAUGACUGGAGUUGGAAUCACUGCUUCUUACUCUCUGAGUACAGGUCAGUGAGGGACUAGAAGAAUGUCUGCUGUGUUAGAGCUGACCAUACCUACAGUAACUUCACCUUCUCACACUCAACUCUCCUGUAAUGGAACUUACCUUGCUGUGCCGCAUGGCAAGGGUGAAGUGGGAGUGUGGAGCCUGCAAGAUCUGGGAUUUAGGCAACUGGACUUGGUAGCACACAAGAAAGCUGUCACUGCCACCAGCUUUGGGUUCCACUCCCAGCCUACCCUUCUGUGUACUGCUGCAGAAGAUUACAUCAUAGUGUGGAACAUUGAGGAGGCACGUCAUAUGUAUGAAAAAGGACAGCAAAUUCGAGGGCAAAUUAUUGGCCAAGUGUUAGGUUAUGUGCAACAUGUGAGCUUCAGCCCAGAUGAUGCCUUGGUAGCAGCUUGCAUAGGAAGUGAAAUUCUCAUCUUAGAUUCUCAGGUUGAAAGACUUCAUUCUACCCUGGAAGGACAUAACUCAAUUGUGACAUCAGCAGAAUUUUGUCCACAUCAUAAAAGUACCAUAGUGUCUAUCUCUGAAGACAGGACAUUCAAGGUUUGGGACUUGGAAAAUUCAUCACUGAUAUACCAGUCAACAAUAAUAUCUGCUUUCCCAUUUCUGAGUAUGUCCCAUGACCCAACCAAGGAAAGUUUUGCUGUGGGAACAUCAGAUGGCCAGGUUAGAAUAUAUGACCUCUCUGAUGGCAGUGGCUUUCGGCAACUGCAUCAAGUCGAUAUUGGAAAAACAAUUUCCAAAUGGAAAACAGCCAAGGAGGACAACAGGCCUAGAGAGGAGAAAGGUCCAGUAACAGUCAGCAGUCGUCCGACCUGGCAGAAACCUCCAUCCCAGGACCCUGUUGCCCAGGAUAGCUUGACGUGUGGGGACUCUGAGGCCAGUGCUGCUGUUAUCGGCUUACAUUACUGUCGUAAGCUUAGACCCAGGCAAGAUGCAAUGAAACACACAGCACCUAACUUCCUGGGUCAAGACUCAAGCCUAGUAGACAAUUUGUUGGAUGUAGCACCUGUCCUUAUUGUAGGAACCACCAAUGCUUUGGUCUUCAUCAACGCACACACCUUUGAAACUACUUCUUUAUUAGACUUCGAGGACUACAUUCCAUCCAUGGUGAAAGAUGGUCCAUCACAGUGUAAUAUCCCGCUGGCUGGGAGCUUUGCAUUUGCUCAGGGAGCAGACAAACAACAGGUGUGGUGUCUAGUUGGGAGCCUGUUUCAGAAGUCUGUGGAUGUGCUGAGACUGACUGUCCCUGCACCUGAGGGGCUGGUUCAUGAGCUGGAAUCACUGAGCCUCUCAUCACAGUCUGUAGAUGAUGGAGCCAGUGGGGAGGGAGGAACUGCAGAAAUCAGUGUGCUUUCUAGUGGCUGAGAACUCCCCACUGAGGUCAGAACUGGUGCCAAGAAGCAAAGAAACCAGCUCAGGAAGGCAAAAACAGAGAGGCCAUCUGGUAACCAAACCUAAAGGACAAGGGGGAGAUCAGCCACUGACCUUCAAAAGUAAAAUAAAGUCCUCAGGCUACACUCAAGCACCAAGAAUGAAGAUGUUCACACCAAGCACAAGGCCUACCAAAGGCAGCCUGACAAGCAGAGCAAAGCCUACUGGAGGAGACAGGCCGGGUGUAAGGGAGUUCCCCAUGGAGAGUGGACCUCCCAUCAGUCUACAAAAGAAACUAGAGGCUGCAGAGAGACCCACACCCAUCAACAGCAUUACCUUCUCAGAUGAUGGGACCUAUCUCGCAUGUGGACUGGCCAAUAAGUCUGCUCUGGUACUGAAGAUGCCUGGCCUCACCAAACCUCACAGCAUCACAGGUCACAAUGCAGCUGUGACGUCUGUCAACUGGAGUAAGGAAGGAAGAUGGCUGUUGACAGCCUCUGAUGAUAAAACAGCCUCUGUCUGGACCACUGGCCAAUCAGAACCCAUCUUGACCUUCUCUUCAACCAACCACAACUUUGCAGUGGACAAAGAUGAUGGCAAACUGGCAGCAAAGGAGAACCGUGCCUUUCCCCACCCAGUGAGGCAUGCCCAGUUCUACUACAUGGACAAGUUUAUCUUGCUGACCUGUGGCAGUGCCAUCUCCAUGUUCAAGUACCACCUGGAUCCCACAAAAGAUGACAUCAAAAGGUAUCAACCAAAAAGUCGCUACAAGCUGGUGAAGACAUUUACAAUGGAGAAGACCCAACAUAUAACUGCUUUGUCUGCUGUCAAUGGCUUCUACUCCUACAUUGUUUUGUGUGCAGGGUCAAACAAGAGCAUGGAGGUGUUUGACAUGAAUGUUGCCAGAAGCAUCAGGACCAUCCCAGAUGCACAUACCAGGCCAGUCCACGCUUUCUGCCAGAACAAAGGGUCGCCCUUCGUGUCUCACCCCUCCAGCGCCUAUGACCUGUUCCUGACAAGUGCGCUAACGGACGGCAUCAAACUGUGGGACCUGCGGACAAACAGGUGUGUAAGGCGCUAUGAAGGGCACCUGAACCGCGCUUACCCCUGCGGUCUGACCAUGAGCCCGUGUGCACGCUUCAUCGCCACUGGAGCAGAGGACAAAUCGGCAUACAUCUAUGAUGUAAGAGAGAGCGGUCCACUGCACAAGCUGACAGGUCACACUGAUGUGGUGUCAGAUGUAGCCUUCCACCCCCACACACCUCAGCUGGUGACAUCAUCGGUGGAUGGAAAACUACAUUCUUAUGUGGAGAAUAGAUGACCCUGGUCAGGUGGCACAAGUGAAUUGGUAAGACGUCCAGUUUGCAGCUGAAGAAGUGCAUGGUGCACCCCACCUACGUGAUUCCAGAGAGGAAGAACCCAGACUGUUGGCACUGACCUGCAGUAGUGAUUGCCAUCUUCUCAAGCUCUCAGUGCACUGUGAACAUGUUUCUCAAAUAGGUAAUUGCCUCAAUGUCAAGCUGUUGACAGGCACUAUUAUUGUCUCCGUCCAGAUUGCUAGUUCCUUUACUUUUCCCUGGUACUUUUAUACCCUGCAGUUUGCUUUCAAGAUGAAAUCAUGGUUGUUACAUUGUACUUCAUUGUAUAGGUAACAUGUACAAACUUUGCUGCUAUUGAUUAUACCCAUGUCUCUACAUUAAAAAAUAUUUUCUGUCAUACAGAUACAUGUACUUGAAAAAGUAUCUUCUAAAUGUUCGCAACACUUCAAUGUAUUUUUUUAUAGAUUUGAAAGACACUUGCUAGGAAAGCUCUUGUGCAACAGUAGCUGUAGUAGUAGUAGGAGGAGGAGUUGUUCUGUAUUACUUGUGAGUGUGACACUGUUGUACAUUUUUGCAAUUUCAUUGAAAUUUCUACAAAGUUACUAUUGUUUGAUAAAUUAAAAUACAAAGGCAAAAUGGAA